GAAAGAAGGCAAGGAGGCGUCUCCCGCAUUCGUCUGGGCCGUGCCACCUGCCCGCUAGCUCGCUGCACUACCGUUGCCCACAAGCCAACAUGCUGCCGAGAUUGGGCGGCCCCGCGCUGCCGCUGCUCCUGCCGUCGUUGCUCUUGCUGCUGCUCUUGGGCGCGGGCGGCUGCGGCCCCGGGGUGCGCGCCGAGGUGCUGUUCCGCUGCCCACCCUGCACGCCCGAGCGUCUGGCCGCUUGCGGGCCCCCACCCGACGCGCCCUGCGCCGAGCUGGUGCGAGAGCCCGGCUGCGGCUGCUGCUCCGUGUGCGCACGGCAGGAGGGCGAAGCAUGCGGCGUCUACAUCCCGCGCUGCGCCCAGACGCUACGCUGCUAUCCCAACCCGGGCUCCGAGCUGCCCCUGAAGGCGCUUGUCACAGGCGCGGGUACCUGUGAAAAGAGACGCGUGGGCACCACCCCACAGCAGGUUGCAGCGGUGGGCGUGCUGCUGGCUGCCGCGCACAGGUGACACUGCAGACCUCGGGUGAGAAAAGAUCGAAUGGAGAAGCUCCUUCCUUCUGGCGUUGGGAGACAGUGAUGACGACCACUCUGAGGGAGGCCUGGUGGAGAACCACGUGGAUGGGACCAUGAACAUGUUGGGAGGUGGUAGCAGUGCUGGCCGGAAGCCCCUCAAGUCAGGCAUGAAGGAGCUGGCUGUGUUCCGGGAGAAGGUCAAUGAACAGCACCGGCAGAUGGGCAAGGGUGCCAAACACCUCAGUCUGGAGGAGCCCAAGAAGUUGCGCCCGCCUCCCGCCAGGACCCCUUGCCAGCAGGAGUUGGACCAGGUCCUGGAGCGGAUCUCCACCAUGCGCCUUCCGGAUGAUCGGGGCCCCCUGGAACAUCUCUACUCCCUGCACAUCCCCAACUGUGACAAGCAUGGCCGGUACAACCUUAAGCAGUGCAAGAUGUCUCUGAACGGACAGCGCGGGGAGUGCUGGUGUGUGAACCCCAAUACCGGGAAGCCCAUCCAGGGAGCUCCCACCAUCCGGGGAGACCCCGAGUGCCAUCUCUUCUACAACGAGCAGCAGGAGACUGGUGGGGCCCAUGCCCAAAGUGUGCAGUAAACCCCAGCCAGUCGGUGCCUGGCUUCCCCAUCCCGAACACCAGCAGAAAUGGAGGGCGUCAGGGUGACGGGUGUGGAGGAGUUCCCAGUUUUGACACAUGUAUUUAUAUUUGGAAAGAGACCAACACUGAGCUCAGAAGCCCCCCUCUGACCCCCCCCAGCGGCUGUUAAGCUGAACCUCCCUUGCUUCUGUUAGAGAGGGGAAGGGUGGUAUGGAGGGCACUGGGUACAGGCCUGGGAAUGGGGAAAGAAAUUUUUAUUUUUGAAUCCCUGUGUCUCUUUUACUUAAGAUUAAAGGAAGGAAAAAUAAAAA